AUGAUGUGGGCGAUCACCAACAGGAGCACCCCCUUAGUGCUGUCGCCGCAGCAGGUGUGCGACUGCGCGACGAAGCAGUGCUGCCAGGGCGGCUGGCCUGACUGGGCCUACUCCUACGUGCUCUUCAACGGCGGGCUCCAAUCGGUCGACGACUACAGCUAUAUCGCGCAGGACAACCAGCUCUGCAGCAUCAACGUGUCGAUCCCUAACGCCGCUCAGGGCUACGCCAUCGGAGCAGCAUCUGAUGGCACGCAGACGUGCGUGGGAGUGGCAACCACAUCUACCUCUACUAUCACAUACACCACUGUUCCUGGAGAUUCCUGCUCUGUUGUGGCAGCAGCGUUUGGCAUCACCACCACCACCCUCUCAUUGUUGAACCCCUUCCUCAACUGCUCGCUUCUGUACAUCCCUCCUGGAUUCGCUAUUACCGUCUCCAAUACAAGCACAUCCUCCUCGCCCAUCUGCACCGCAACCUACAUCGUCACUCCCACCGACAACUGCACAUCUCUCGCCAAUACUUUCUUUGCGGGCAGCGUGACGAACCUCCAGAAGGCAAACCCACUCGCGUGCACAACCGGCCGCCCGGUGUACCCAUCCCAGGCGAUUUGCACGAGUGUAACGACUGCGGGUACCAGCGUGACGGUGCCGCAGUGCGGGCAGACGUACUCCUCCGUAGCCGGCGAUACUUGCUCGUCUGUUGCCACCAAGUAUCUCAUCUCCCUCGCUACCUUCACUGGCCCACUUACCUCCUCCUUCUUCCUCUCCCUCCCUCCCUCCCUCCCUCCCUCCCUCCCUCCCUUCCGCAGACCACGGUGA